CGAUCAAAAACUUUAUUUUGUUAGGAUCUCUCCAAAAUACAUUAUAUAACUAUUAUAAGUCUGAAAGACGGCUGCGUAUGGCAUAUACUGAUAUAGACUAGAUACCUAGAUCAAAUACUGCUACUGGUCUGCUUAGAAAAUAAAUGGCUGGCAUAUGUAUGUAUAGGUGCUCAAACAGAUUUUUCAAAAAUUUUUCAAUAAAGCUUCUCAGGUCAUUCAUUCACACCUCAAAUGGACAUAUUCACCGUGCACUAUGUCGACUUGAGUCUCGAGGUGUUAUUAGGCUUACUGGAAAGGACACAGAGUCUCUCCUUCAAGGUCUGGUCACUAACGAUGUUUACCAACUACAAGAAAAGUCACCUUCGGCUAUGUACACAAUGGUGCUGAAUGUUCAGGGACGUGUUUUAUAUGAUCUUUUUCUAUACAAUGUAUCUAAAGAUGGGAUUGAUUCAACAGUAUUAUUAGUAGAUGUAGAUAGAAAAGUCAAAGAUGAACUUAUCAAUUUCCUCAAAAAGUACAGACUGAGGAAAAAGGUUAAUAUUGAGGAUGUCUCAGAUCAAUUUAAAGUCUGGGCUAAGUGGAAUGAUGUCCCUAACACAAAAGAUAUUGAUGACCAAAUUUUGAGUUUCAAUGAUCCUAGGGUGCCUACAUUAGCUAAAAGAAUACUGGCUGAACAGGAAACUAUAGAAUCGUCUUCUAACACCACAGAGAAAGAUUAUAGGAUACACAGAUACAAAAAUGGUAUCCCUGAAGGUGUGGUAGAUCUACCACCUGGAAGCUGUUUCCCUUUAGAAAGUAACUUGGCACUUAUGAAUGGAGUGAAUUUCCAAAAAGGUUGUUAUGUUGGUCAGGAGCUGACAGCACGCACUUUUCACACUGGCGUCACACGCAAGCGCCUCAUGCCUAUUUAUUUAGACAGCACAGCUACAAUAACUUCCGAUACUACCAUCUUGACUAAAGCUAAUGGCAAGAAUGCUGGAAAGUUUCGCAGCUGUGAAGGUCAUUAUGGUCUGGGCUUACUUCGACUAGAAUACAUUCGUGAAGAGCUUACAGUUGAAUCUAUAGACAAGCAAGUAAUCUCAUUAAAGCCAAAAGUCCCAGAGUGGUGGCCAGAAACUGUUCUCACUGUCUGAGCAUUUCUUUUACCUAUUUACAAAUCUGUGAACAUUGAUAUUAUAAUUGUAAAGGAUCCUACAGAUUGAGAUUCUUUAAAUAGUUUAGCAAAGUUCAUAUGUGAUAAUAGCCCACAAAACAGUAUUGUUUGACAGAUUUUAAGUGAUGAUGGCUGUUCCUAAAAGUAGUUCUAAAGUACAUGCUCAUAUCCUGAGAUUUAAUUGAUUGCAGUGCAUUUUUAAUUACAGUAUUUAUUUAUUUAUAUUUCUUUAAUUUGAUGAAGACAAAAUAAAAUAGAGCUACAAGGCUGGCUUGGUAGAUCUUUCCAAGAAAAGAAUGUGAUUUUCUUAAUAAAUUUUUAAGUAAAUUUAAGUUGUAUUUUUUACGUAUCUAUAAUCUGAUAUGAGUAAAAAAUCAACAAAUGAGAAACUAUGUUGAAGCAUUUGCCAUUUGUAAUAGAAAGAAGAAAAGGAUCUGGUUGUGGCCCAUUAUAAAUAGAAGCAUAAAUAAUUCUUAUGUAAUUCUUAAAGCAGUUUAAAGUUUAAAAUGUCCUAAAUAUCUGGUUUUAAUUAAAUACGCCACACAUCAGACACAAUACAUCAAACCUACACAAGAAUUCUUUUUAAAUUUCUAUACCUCUUCAAAGGCCAUUUUUAGAAAAAAUUAAGUAAUUUUAUAAACUGAAUAAAAUUUUUCACUUGCCUGGGUUUCUUUGUUGUUGUUUUUAUAUUGUAAGUAUCAAACAAAAGACUUAAUUUCUUGGGCUGAUAAAAAAAAAUAUAACUUAUUAUUACUCACUGUGUUUAGAGAACAACUAAAUGAAAUAGUCUAUAGAGACAUUACUUAAGAGCUCUUGAUAGUAUUGUAAAAUUGUAUUUUGGAAUAAUCUCUCCAGCCAGUGUUUGUUUUUUGUUUUUUUACUUUUAGUAUUUUUUCUUUUAUCUCUUUUCCCACAUUGGCAUCACCAAAUGUUGUAUCUUCAAAUUAAAAAUAAAUGUUUAAAAGUAUGAAAUGUAUUGUAGUUAGCAAAAGAUGCAUGAAAUAUUUGACUGGACUUCAAAACAAUGUUGAUUUUUCCUUGAACAUUAAUGUACAUUUGUGUGGAUUUUUUUUUUUUUACUAUUUUUUUAUUAUUUGAAUUUAUUUAUUUUCAAUAGGCAACAAAACUCCACAUUUUAAACAAUUUUGCUCCUAACAUUAAAUCUUCUUUUUACUUUCAUAUAGUACAAUAUUCACACUGUCAUUGCAUAUUAUUCAUCAAAAUACUUAAAUACACUCCCCUUCUUUGCAUUCAUUUUCUAAUAAAUUCAUAAUACAGUGAAUGUUUCUAAGAUGCUUAAUUCAAGUGUAGUUGUUAUGUUUUUUUAUUGAUUGCAAACCACAGAACAAAAAAAACCCUGAAAUUUCUAAUAAUUUCCUUGUAUUUUUGGUUGUCUUCUUAAAAAUGUUAUAGGGGGAGGUUAUUAUAGACAGGUAUAAAAUGAUUUUUUGUAUUUUUUAUUAUUAUUAUAAUAUUUUGAUUCUGUUCCUUUUUUUUUCACUGCGAAAGUAUUGUAAUGAAUCUAGGGCAAACACUCAAUGAAGGAUCAAGGUCAAGCGAUGAGUGAUGUUUAUUGUGUUGACAACAUGAAAAAGGAUUACUCAAAUAUAAAUGUUUAUAGUGUAUAGGAGUUCAUUUAGCUCUGUCCUGCAUGGUUCACUGUCGCCGCAACUGCCUUCCACUAACAUACAAGGUUCACUGUUGCGGCCUAGGUCUUAACAUUCCUACAGUGUUCACUAUCAUGCCCCUAACACAGGUCACCAUACGUGCCGCUAUCUUCUUGUCUCAAGAAGGAUAGUCAACAUAAACAGGGAUGUCUUUCACUAGCAGGAAUGACCCUUUCCAGUUUCCUCACAAGACUUCUUCCUGGCCAGACAACAUACACUGCUUCUCACCUGCUGACCACACUGGCAAUGAUCCCUUCUAAAACUCAGGCAUUCUAACCUAUCUCUAGUUCUGUUUCUCCACUUCUUAGCCAGAAUCAACUGUCAACUAUCUUGUCUCUACCCUCUGUUUAUCAUUCAUCCUUAACAGUGCACCAUACGCUUCUAUGUCUGCUCCUAUGCUGAAGUGAAUGGUGUGCACCAUAUGCUUCCGUGUAAAAGCAGAGAUAUAACAGUAUACACCUAAAAAUAGAACACAAGAUCAAAACUAUAAGCUUUGGUUAAUGUUGUUAAUAAAAUAAAUAGGCAGCAGUUAGUUUAAUUUCUAUUUCAAGACUUUAAGCCCUAUUAAGUCCAACCUUUUCUGUAACUUACAAUUCUUUUACAGUUCGCCAGAUGACACAUGAGGCAUUACUGUAUUACAGAUAUUUUCCAAAUGAAAAUAGUACAUUUGACGCUUUAUUGAAUUGAACGUUCUACUCAUAGCAAUAGUUCCCCUUAACUCAUAGAUUUUAAUUUUGUGAAUAGCAUAUUGUAUCAAUUAGUUGAAAUUAGAGAGUUUAAAUUCAUUUUAUUUCAGAGCAAGCUGAUCUCAAAGCAUGUUUUUUUUAUUUGCAUGCCAACUUAGUAAAAAUGUUUGUGUAUGUAUGGUUAUUUAUAUGGAAAAAUGUAUAGUAAAUGAAAAUAAACCAGAUACACAAAAUAUUAA